AGCGCAUCGAAAGGGAAGCAACGUACAGUUAUCAAACAUUAACAGUGCCAGAAGACGAUGCUGCUAAUGUUAUUUACAUAAACGGGACAUUAAUUCACCGAUCAGAAGAAGAGAUCCCGAAAUCUGCAAAAGUUUUUGCUGAGAAGUUUAUGUUACAAUGCCGUUAUGCUCCACGGUUUCAAAUGCUCCAAAUCCAACUCAAGAAGACAUCAUAGACUUAUGAUACAUGGACUCGCUAUAUAUUCUCCUAUCGUUUGCCCGUCGAAAAAUAUGUGAGUGAGAGGGAACUGCUUGAGGAUCCUUCUGUCUCAAUCUAACUGUGCACGCAUUGGAAAUAAAAUGAAAGCGCCAUUGCGGUAACUUUGUCAAUAAUGUUGCAUGUUGCAGCGACGUUACAGUGAUAUUAUCAGUGGAUGGGAGCAUCUCUUGCUUAAUAGAUAAGUAGUAGGAGCAACCAGGGCCGUCGUGACAUUUCGCGGGGCCGAGUUAACAAAUUUUGCGGGGCCUGAAUACACAUUCAAAUCCUACACUUAAAUUUU